AUGUUCCCGGCCAGGGCCGCACAUGCUGAUUUCCACGCAGCCCCCUCCAAUAUCUUGACCUCACCGCGUCUAUCACUGACGGCGGUUUCUUCGCCGCAUGCUGAGCGACGGCUGAGCCAUACCACGACAAGGAAACAAAGACUCCCCGCGCAAUCAUGGGAUAGUCACAUGCAUGUCGUGGAACCCCAGCGGUUCCCAGUCUCGAAGGCAGCAGUAUAUCAACCACAAGUACACACACUUGCCGACGCUCUCGCCUUCGAGUCAUCUGUCGGUGUCGAGAACCUCGUGCUCGUCCAGCCCUCUAUUUAUGGCACAGACAACUCCUGCCUGCUGGCUGCCCUAACUAAGCUCGGCCCAUCUCGAGGUCGGGGAGUGGUUGUAGUUGACCCGAUUACUACCAAGCCGGAAUCCAAGAUUCUGGAUGAGUGGCACGCUCUCGGAGUUCGUGGUCUACGCGUGAACCUUCAAUCCGUCGGGAAAGUGAUGGAGCAAGCCGAGUUGGAGGAGACAUUACUUCGACACGCCGACAUUGCACGCCCUCGGAACUGGAUCAUUGAGGUCUACCUCCCUCUGAAGAUGAUGCCUGUCCUUGAGUCUAUCGUGCCUCGCCUUGGCGUUACGGUCUGCAUCGACCACUUUGGUAGCCCCGAGCUAUCCCUUCCAAAGGCGAAGGACGGCCUUCCCUUCGACCCAUACACACUCCCCGGCUUCCGGUCUCUCAUCUCUCUUCUCCAACUGGGAAGCACCUAUAUCAAAAUAUCCGCUCCCUACCGACUGACCAGUGACCAAUCUCAACAUCAACUGAAAGCCAUGGCCCGCGAGUUCUUAGCGGCGGCCCCGGACCGCACCAUUUAUGCUACCGACUGGCCUCAUACUCGCUUCACCGGCAUUGACAUCAACCCCUUCACUGAAUGGUGCUUGGAUCUUUGCUUGGGUGUGCCAGGGCUCGCAGAGAAACUGUUUCGGAGGAACACCGAGCGGAUGCUGAGUGUGGAGUCCAGCUGA